CCUCGUUCCGUGGAUUUUCUCCGAUUAAAACAGCCCUUGCUUUUCGUGGUCGCACUGCUUCAUAAAAUGGAGAGAAUUGUCUUCGUACAGCGGCCCCCUGUUCCGCUGCUGGCGCAUUGCUCGGGUCAGAGGCGGACUUUCCCUGUUUUUUUCGACACCAACGUGCGUUCUGCUUCCAUUCUAUGAAUAAUCUUCUUGCCGUUCGUAUUUAUUGUGUAUGGAUCUGUGAAAGAACGCUUCUGUGCAUCUCCAGAGCGUGAAUAGUUCUCUUUUCCCUUGUCUCUAAAACAGCUUUUUGACCGCAUGCGUGCAACCUUCGUCGUCGGGAGUCACCGCGUUGCUCUUGUUCACCUUGAUUAGAAAUGUUCUUCCGACCUAACAACUCUCCGCCAACUUCUCUUUCCCUGACGAUUCGGUCUCUCCGCAGUCUUCUCACAGGCAGACACCGUUCUGCGUCGCACUUUUUUCCCUGCGUUUCGUCUCCCCAGUGGUCUACACGAAAGUUGAUACUGGUGUCGAAGGCUGAAGGAGUUUCAGUUAAUUGCAAGCGACAGGUGCAAAAAGCGUCGAGCGCCACCCUUCCACACUCGCCUGCGAAACGCGAGGAGACACGGAAGGCAACGAAGCUCCAGGCAAAGAUCUUGCUGUUCUGUUCUAAUGCCCCGUGGUAAACACAGCCAAAGAAGGACGGAAGGCCUUAGGUACUACAGUGUCUCGGUUGAUUCGAUUUCAGUUGUAACGGUAUGCUGUACAAUGUGAGCUAGGCUCUCUUAUUACACAUUACACAGGGGGAUUCCCAGGUUUAUGUAAACUACUUUUUUUCUGCGGAGUAUACACACCACGAGUUGGGAACUCCUGGGUUUGAUCUUGAAGUUCUUCGUUGACCGGAUUCAACUUUUCUAUUGCUCCCCUUCCAUCCUCGACGGUGUGAAACUCCCUUUUCCUCUGCACGGCUUCACGGCCUUCAAACGUUCCUCGCUUGCCUCUGCCUCCUUCUCUGGUAAUACCAGCCUGUACAGACUGCGUGUUCGGCGGAUUCUGUGAGCAUCGCCGGCUAAGUUCUUGAGCCUGUGCAAAAAAUAGCCGGCGGCGGCAGCGGUCGGCUUGGGUUUCUUCCUUUUCCCGUUGGAGACAGAGGCGCUUUUUCCCAGCCGAACUCUCCGCUCUUCCACCUCCGUUCUCUGUCUUUGCUUCGUCUGUUUCUGACCGCACUUGAAGAACUCGCUGAAGCGACUUUUGUCCUGUGUCGUUCCGUCUUCUAGGGUAUGCGCGCGCAUGCGUGCUGCGUUCUCUUUCCUCUGCAAAAGAAAGGGAGACUCAGUUCUCUUUCGUACGCUGAUGCAGCACCAGCAUUCGAUUCGACUGCGCUCCUCUUUUUCUCUACUCGGACCUCGCUUCUUCACGUUGUUCGUCCUCUUCGGUCUGCUUUCUUUCGUUCGUCGUUUUAAAUCAGUUCUCUUUCUUCUCGUCCUCCGUCGAUCGUCUUCCUCACCUCUUCUGUUUUUCCUGCGUCAUGUGUUUCUCCUUUUUCCUCUUUAUUAACUCUUGGCACUUCGGCUGUUGAAACUCGACGCACCGACGGCGAGAGGGUCGCUUGAGAGAGACACUUGGAGUCUGCACAGAGGAAGCUUCUCGCCGCCUCUCGAGGUGCAGACUGUCGGUGGAGGAAGGAAGGGAGAGUGCCAGCUGGUUCGCUCUCAGGCAAGAAGCGUUUUCUUUCAAUCAUGAGGGACGAACGGAACGGAGCUACGAGUCGACCGCGGGGUCGCCCUCACUCGGAAGGGAAGGAAGGAGAGGAAGGCAAGGGAGAAAAGGAAGCGAGCUGCAAGGAAACAGAAGGAAGCGGCGUCGUCGUUCUCCCUUCAAUGGCGGAGACAGUCCAGAGACUUCUUGCGGAGGCGGGGAUUGAAAAACGCGACGAUCGUGUAGUCCAUCUCCUCGUCGACUUGCUACAGAGAGAGACUCUCUCACUCUUAGCCGACGCAGCUGACAUCGUGGACUACCGCCAGAAAGCAGCGCAUGCAGGCGGAUCGAGUUCCGAGAAAGUGGAGAGCAAAGAAGGAAAACAGGGAGCGCUGGCUGCCCGUGCAGGCGACAAAAAGAGCCGACAGGCGGGGCGCGGUCCAGCGUCGAUGUGCAUCGAAGAAGAAGAUGCAAAUGUCGCUGUGCAGGAGUACACACAAAAAUACGUCGUGCAACCCAACGUCGUCUUGGACAGUGCACGGUUGUGCAGCUUGAGCAACAGCCUGGCUGUCGGGCAGUCGACAGCGGCUGAGUUAAUUCUCCAUCGUGCGGUACCUACAGGAAGCGCUGAAGGCACCUCGUCGCCUUUGUUGGGGGAGCCUUUCGUUCUGCGGCCUGUCGCGAGCGGCUCUGGAGGUGGCGGAACUUCUUCUGGGCUCUCUGGGUCGAGUUUCGGAUCGGCCGGACCCAGCGGCUCUGCCGCGUCGUCUGGGACGCAUGCAAUUGUUACAGCCGCCACCAACAAACACGUACUCGGAGCCAUGCCUCAGGGCUUGCCGCCGUACCUUCCCGAAGAUGUGAGUGUCAAUACACUCAUGCCGUCUUGGUCGCUGAGAUCCAGUUCGUGCGCUGGCAAACUGCCUGCGGAUGGUGGGGAAAAGCGCGGCAGAGAAAGCGAGAUGGGAGAGGCAGAAACGGGGGGAAGAGGACAGAGACGCAGCGCGCAGGAAGCGAAAGAGGGUGCAGACCUAGAGGCCUGCGACCGAUGGCCCGCGGGACAAGACGAUGAAAACAAUGACGGAGCUGAAAUGUUCUUUCAAAAGGAACACCCUUUCUAAAACUGGGAGUCAACAAAUGAACACCAGACAAAUCCAGUAAACGUGCGUGCUUUUGCCGGUCCACGUGCACAUUCCCCCCCCCCCCCCCGCUCUCUCUCUCUCUCUCUCUAUAUAUAUAUAUAUAUAUGUAUAUAUAUAUGUAUAUAUAUGUAUUUGUAUAUAUGCAUAUACUCAAGCAUGUGCGUAUAUAUCUGUAUAUUCUCAGACAUAUUCCUCUCUCUCUCCGUAUAUAUAUAUAUAUAUAUAUAUAUAUAUAUAUCUUUGCUUGCGCAGAGCUGCGUAGAUCGAUGUGCAUUGAGAUCUACAUGUGCGCACGUGGAUAUAUGUUUCUGGGGUUUCGGGCGUACAGCCACGUUUUUAACCGCUAGGACAUGUCGUCCUGGAAAAGACAUUUGUGCGUUUGAUGCCAGUUCUCUUUUUCAUUGAACCUGCGAUCUUGGUUACUCCCUUCGCAUGCGGAUUUAAGAUUCCCUCUGACGAGAAAAUGUUGCUUUUAAGGCUGCUUCGUGUUGUCUUUACACGACUUCUUCACGCCGCUUUCAGCGCGUGCUGGGUGUAGUUUUGUUUUCCUACACAUCUUCAACUCAUAUUUACGAGGUUCGAGCAACCCUGGGGGUGCAGGGGUACCGCGCGUAGCGUCCCUUUUGAUCUUCAUUUGCGAGUGGCGAAGGCAAAGCGUUUAUUCAUUCAACUGUGUUGAUCUUGAAGCGCGUGGAGAUCGGUAGAUUUGACGCGCGGGAGAAUCCGAAGACCCACAAGCAAGGACAUCAGGUCUUUUGUGCUUCUUGAGAGAUAUUAAAGAACUUGUUUUUCCG